AUGCCCGCUGCAGUCUCAGACCAGCUCAAAACCGGCGGUGUCGGCAUCACCAAGUUCACCAACUGCCGCCUCGUCCGAGGUAACUCGCUCGUCCAUCGCGACUUGUGGGUUAGUUCGGCCACGGGCAAGAUUGUCCACAGCCAAGCGUCGUUCUAUGACCAUCUACUCAUUCCUGACGAAGUAAUUGACCUCGGUGGUCGAAUUGUAUCGCCUGGGUUGAUCGAGUGCCAACUCAAUGGUGCUUAUGGCUUCAAUUUUUCCAUCAAGCCAGAUGAGGUUGCGGACUAUGCCAAGCAAAUCAAGGAGCUGAACAAGCAGCUCAUCAAGACGGGAGUUACCUCGUAUGUGCCGACCGUCACCAGCCAAAAGCCAGACGUAUACAAGACGGUCCUUCCGUUCCUUCGACCGAGCGGGCACCUUCAGGUAGCUGAAGACGGCGCAGAGUCACUCGGCGCCCAUGUCGAAGGCCCGUUCCUCAGCCCUACAAAGAAUGGAAUUCACGACAUCGACGUCUUCAAACAGGCCGAGUCCUUCAAAGACCUCGAAGACUGUUAUGGAGCCGAAAACCUCUCGCCAUCCGAGUCGGGCGAACCAGCUUCGGUUCGGAUGAUCACUGCGGCCCCCGAAAUCGGCAACAUGGAGAAGCUCAUCCCGGAAAUCACGUCUCGGGGAAUCAUUUUCUCCAUUGGCCACACGGAAGCGACCUAUGAGGAAGCCUCCGCUGCAGUAGAGGCCGGCGCCACCAUGAUAACCCACUUGUUCAACGCCAUGAAGCCUCUCCACCACAGGAAUCCCGGCGUUUUCGGUGUCCUCGGAAACCCAAGCGAUCAGAGGAAGCCAUACUUUGGUAUCAUCGCAGACGGAAUCCAUCUUCAUCCCACAACUAUCAAGAUUGCUCGCAACGCGCACCCGGACGGGUUUAUCCUCGUCACGGAUGCAAUGCACCUCGUGGGGUUGCCUGAUGGCUCGUAUCAGUGGGUUAACGGCAACGAAAUCAACAACAUCGUCAAGAAGGGGUCGAGGCUUGUAUUGGAAGGCUCGGACACAUUGGCCGGCAGCUCGACGACUCUGCUUGAAUGUGUCAACAACUUGAUCUCGUGGACAGACACAAGCAUCCCAGAUGCUCUGCGCGCGGUAACCUCUACACCCGCAGCAAUGUUGUCUCUUGAGGGAAUCAAGGGAACACUCGCAGACGGCGCAGAUGCCGAUCUGAUCAUCUUGUCCGAGAACGCGGGUCAGGACGUACCGAAGCUUACAGUCGACGAGGUUUGGAAGUUUGGAAAGCGGGUCUGGAGCCGAGAUUAA